AGAGGGGCAGAAGGCAGCGGGGUUGAAGUGCCACACGCCCUGGCCUCAUCCGUGUAAACCUCUAUGUCAAUUUAUUUGUAMCCCCAUAGCUGUAAAACUCCGUAAAGGAGCUUUUAGUGCUUUACCCGUGCCGGGGGAAGGCGCUCAGAGCGGCUCCAGGAAGCGGCGCUGCCGCCCGGGGGCAGCUCCCAGGGGCGCUCGGCGGGAACGCGAACGGGAACCGGGGCCGGUCCUGGAUAYAGGAAAUAUGAAUGACUGGCAGAAGAAAAGCCCUCUAGACUGGGAAACGUAUGUGAACAAAUUGGUGAAAGUCAUCGCAGUUGAGAAACUUCAAUAUGAAGGAUGGGUUUUAACAGUUGACCCAGUUUCUGCCAGCAUUGUCCUUGCAACAUUCCCAGAGAACGAAAAGGCAUCUAUAUCGUUCAUCAUGGGCCACGCUGUCCAAGAGGUGGAAAUCCUGCRAGAAGGGGACAGCCACAUGAAGCAGCGCCUCGCUCGCAUCUUCGCGCCCGAGGAAAGCCAAGCCUACAGCUCAGAGGAGCUGGACAAGAGGAAGAACGCCUUGAAGACCUGGCUGGAGACAAACCACAUCCCCGUGGCCGAGCAGGGGGAGCUGGGCAGGACGCUGUGCGUGGCSGGGGUGCUGACCAUCGACCCCCCGUACGGGCCCGAGCAGUGCAGCAGCUCCAACGAGAUCAUCCUGGCCCGCGUGCAGGGCUUGCUGCAGGGCUACCUGGAGAAACAGCACUGAGUCCUGCUGCUAAAAGCCUUUGGCUCUAGGAACUCACCUGUUUUUGGAGCUCUCACAGGUAUCAAUAGUCACUAUUUGCAGAAAUAGGUACUUUUAUCUGAUAUUUUGUAKGUCAGGGAAGGGAUAAAACACAAAGUAUAAACUGAAAGCACAAGCAUUUUCAAUGCACUGUUUUUAUUAAAGCAGUCUGUUGGAUAACGCUGAAUUAUUAAACUGAUUUAUCAGUUUAAUUUGUCAGUUUAGUAUUUUUGUACUUUCACAGUGUUGUGAAACAUGAUAUAUGAUAAAUUUAAGCUGUUUCCCUCUACCUUUAAAAUUAGCUUACCUUGUGCUGAAGAUGUGUUUAUUUGAACUGCUUACCAGAUUAUUUUUCCUUUUUUUUUUUUAGAAAGAGAAUUAUUACUUGGACUUCCCAAACCAAAUUAAAAAUCUGUUUAGAAAGGUGUUUGUUUUGUUGAUUUCGUGGUUGGUUGGUUGUUGGCUUGUUUUCCCCAUAACUGYUCUCUGGUUUAGAACAUGAAUUACGUUACAGUGUAUGUCCAAGUUUAUAAAAUUAUUAGGGAAGGUUAGCAAAUAGGUUUUAAAAACAUUCUCUCUCUCUCUAUUUGUUAUUUUAGAGCAGCAGUGUUUGGCAAAYCAGUGUUCUGUAAAAGGAAAAUUUGUUGCAAUUCUGUAAGUUUUGUGUUUCUUAAUGCUUUGUUUCUAGUUUAUGCCAACAAACACUAGAGGAAUCAUGUGAUUAUUCCUGAGAUUAUUAAUGCAGUGAGGAACAUUUAGAGCCCUCAUUUAUCUCAGUGUAUUUGUUCUGCCUUAUUAGGAGAUAAGAACCAAAACACAUUGGUGUGCUGAAAUGUAGCUGGAAAGUCUGGCUAGCCCUUUUUGUAAAAGGUGCUCCUCAUUCCUUCUGGGACUUAUUAAAAUUACUUCAAAUCUGUCAGGUUUGUGCUGAUUUUUCUUUAAAAACGUCUACUGCACAUCCACUUCUGUGUGUGUCYCCCUGAAAAGGCUGGGAGAUGGAAAGAUGCAAAAGCUCUUGCUGUGUUGUCAGAGUUGAGGGAAUAAACCAGUGCCUGAGCUCUGAAGGUUGGUUGGGAUGUAUCCGAGGUGAGCCAGCACAAGAGAUUUGGAGCAGUUUGGGAAUUCCUUGUUCCAAGGAAUAAGAAGCACGGU